AUGUCGUCAAUAAAUGGUCUAAUGAGCGCUCCAUGCUUUGUUCCAACGCCUUCUUCAAUUAAUUUUGAUAUUUUCUGCCAAUUUAACUAUCAUAGUAAACCAUAUAUUUGCGAUCCUUCAGGCGCUCUUUCUCGAACGGAAAUUGAGAUGUUGGAUAAUUUUAUUGAUCCUCUUAACUUCACCUCGUGCUUCUGCAACGAAGAUCAUUGUUCAUCAUCAAAACCUCAUUUAUUUAUUGUAAUAGUACCAUCAACAAGCAUAGAAAGUUUAUGUAUUUGUGAUCCUUCUAUGGAAUUUACGCGUCCACACACAUUAGCGAUUGCGGCAAAGAUUUAUGCUGAAGAACUCGCGUACCAGUGGACAGAAGGAUGUCGGGCGGAUUUGAUGCUCGUGUUUAUUCGCUCAUUCGAUUUCGGUGAAUUAAAAAAGCCAUACCUUGUGCCUUUAUACAGAUAUAAUUUUGAAUAUCUGUCAAAAUUCUCGGAACCGGUAAAAAUAAGGAAAAGCCAAUCGGUUUAUUCAGCAAUUAGUGGCUAUCUUGAAAAUGUCCCAAGAAUUAUCGACCAAAGACCCUUAGAAAAGGUAUCAUCAAUGCCACUUUGGGCGUUAUUUGUUUGUUGUGCAUUCAUUAUUCUUGCAACUAUCGCAUUAUACAUUGGUAAUUAUAUAACACAACAAGUUGAUAAUGCACAUUGGUACCAAUCGAAAUCUCCUGUAAGUAAAAUUACAAUUCGACUUGCAAAUGAUCGAUGGCGUGCAGGUUUUGGUGGUGGUAUGAUCAUGCAAAAUAGCGCUUCGUCUGCCAAAAGUUCAGUGAUGUUCAAACAAUUUAAUCAAAGAACAAGAUUGGCCCAAAAUUUGCAAAAAAUAUAA